CAUCACAGUCAUGCACUCCUUAGGCCUCGUGGUCCUCCUAGCAGCGGCGGUGGCAGCGGCGGUCGUACCUGCCACCACUCCCCAGGACUCCCUGUGGCGAGGAACUCCCAUGGACGGCGUGGUACAGGACCUGGAGGCCGCCUGCACAGACAAGAACGACGGGAUAUCCUGCAUCAAGUACAAAGUCUUAAACCUCAUCGACCAGGCUCUCAUGAAGGAUUCUCUACAGGUGUCAGAGGGAGUGUCACUGGUGAAGAACACUGACAAGCCUGAGCAAGAACCCACAGUCGAGGAGGGUGAGAGCCCCAAGGGUCUGGAGAGCCGCGGUCUGUUAGACACCUUGGAGAGCUAUGUUCAGAGCCACGACAUGUUGGUACGUCUGCCGAGAGCUCUGGGCGGUCAGACCCUCGCUGUCAGCGCCCGCAACAUCGACGACAACGAGAUAGCACUCGCCCUCCGCGACAAUCCGGAGUCUGAAGCCCAGGUUGAGGAGAGGAGCCGCAAACGCCGCAAGAACAAGCUGAAGAAGAUCCUGGUGCCGAUCCUUGUGUUCGUGCUGCUCAAGGCCAUGACACUCAUCCCUCUGGCUAUCGGCGUGUUGGGACUGAAGGCGUGGAACGCUCUGCAGCUCAGCUUCUUCUCCUUCCUCAUCUCCAUCAGCUUGGCGAUGUUCCAGCUGUUCAAGAAGAUCGCCAGUGAUGCACCGCCUCCGGCCGCCGCCCUGCACGCUGCCCCCUGGCAGGACUACAGCCAGUACGCCGCCGCCCGAACUCUCCUCGUCAACUCCCAGGAGAAGGAUGUGGACGGGCAGCAGCUCGCCUACAACGCCUACACGUCUCAGUGAGUUAGGUCUGAAGAAGACAGCUCUUUUGUGGACAUCUCUUCAUCAGUCAUCAAGAAAUCUAUUUAUUGUUUUAGAUAUUUAUUUAAAGAUCCUGUGUAUAGUAAAAUAUUUUUGUAAAUAAACUGAACCAAAACA